UUCAAAAAAAAAAAAAAUCGCUGGAAAAUUUCCAUUUGAAAAAAAAAAUUUCCUGAAGAAGAAAUGGACGCAACAAAGCCAACCAAGGGCGCCGGUGGAAGAAAGGGUGGCGAGAGGAAGAAGGCGGUUACAAAAUCCGUCAAAGCAGGGCUCCAGUUUCCAGUGGGUCGCAUCGCCCGAUUUCUGAAAAAAGGUCGUUAUGCUCAGCGCACCGGUAUCGGCGCUCCCAUCUACAUGGCCGCCGUUCUCGAGUACCUCGCCGCUGAGGUGUUGGAAUUGGCUGGGAAUGCGGCUAGGGAUAACAAGAAGAACAGGAUAAACCCUAGGCACGUGCUGUUGGCGGUGAGGAACGACGAAGAAUUGGGGAAAUUGCUGCAAGGGGUGACGAUUGCGAGCGGUGGAGUUUUGCCGAAUAUAAAUCCGGUUCUGUUGCCGAAGAAGACCGCUGCUUCGGAGGAGAAGGCGGCGACUAAGCAGUCCAAGUCUCCAAAGAAAGCUUAGAUUUGGGUUCUGAGCAGUAGAAUAAAUAGCAAAAAAAAAAAAGGAAUAUGGGUUUUUAGCUAUUUUAGGUAGUUUUGUUUAGUAAGUGGAGAAAGGUUCUGUUUUUGUUUUUGGGACUGAAAAUGAAAUGAAAGUGGACCGGGGGGGAUCAUUGUACUUAUUAUUGUGGUUCUUUUUGUUCAGACUUGUUACAACACAAGUCAAGUCAUAUUACCAGUUCAUGUACUUCUGGUUUCCUCUCUUUCUGUAUUACCAGUUCAUGUACUUGUACUUCUGGUUUCCUCUCUUUCUGUAUCAAAAGAUAGAGAUUAGCAACUGA